GUCCGCGGACAAUUUGGGUGCAUGGUGUGAGUCGUGCACGGCUGAGAUUGGCGCGUGUCGAUGGUCUUUGUUCCAGUGAGCUUUGUGACAGCAGCGUAAAGCUGAACCAGCGCGAUGGUAAGCCGAGCCGGAGCAAAGCGACAGAUCGAUGGCGUCCAAGGAGUGACUUGGCGAAGAGUACCGCUGUGCGUAGGGAGCAGCGGUAGCGGAGAGAAACCCGACUAGAAAAUACCGCGAGAUCUCGACCGUGGUGGAAAGCCGGGAAAUUGAAGCAGGCGGUCACGCAGAAGUGGCAGUGUUGCAGCGUGAAGCGACUCGAGAUUGAUUUGGUUGGAUGAAUCUCUGGACAUGGAAGAACUUUGUGAGCUAGGUAAUGGUGGGUUUAGGCUCUUCUGAUUUGGAGUUUUGCGUUGAGGAGGUGAGGUUUGGCGAAUUUACUGGAUACGGGCAGGAAGUUCGUGGCUCUGAGUGGAAAUUUGGAGAUCGGGGCGAUCUCGUUGUGGGGUGCCUUGGUUGUAUCGUUUCCUUGAAUUGAUUAUGGGAAUUUAACUUUUGAUAAUUCCUGAUGGCUGGAGAUUAAGCUGCCGGUUUGUUGAGAUUCUGGGUGAAAUGGCUGUUUCGCGCUAUAAUAGUGAAUUUCAUGAUUUGAAUGAAGGGAUUCAGGUAUCUCUUUGAGGCGAUUGAUUGAAUUCUGGUGGGUGGGUGUUAUUUUAAGAGGUUUUUUCUGUUGAUAUCGCUGAAUCACUGAGUUGUUAGUGAUUGGUGAAUUUUUUAGGCGAAUUACUGAGUUAUACACGGCUCUUUCUGCUUAGAUCUGCAUUUCUGAAGUUUGAUCUCCGCUUUUCGCGAAUUCCUUGCAUUGGUAGGCUUUUCUGUUAUCCGGAAUGGGGGAAGCAGUCCAUUCGGAGUUCGUCGGAGGCAUACUUUUGGAACACUUCGUCUGUGCUGAAUAUUGAGCCACUUCAGUUUUAAAAGCAUCAUAACGAAGAGGCGGACGUUUCUAGAUUUCUUUGACGAGGAACUGCGAGAUUAUAAAGUUCUUCUUGUCCAAGACUUAGUGAGCUGGCUUUCUGUCUGUUCAUUUUUCUCUGGAUUCCCCCUACCAGCGAUCGAGAUUCUGAAGGGGAUUAUACGGAACUGUCAUGGCUCUUGCUUCUCCAACUCAUUCCGCAAGCGAGGUGCUUGGUUCAGCAAAACUUCGUGGGAAUCUGUUGUACAAGGAGCUCUGGCAUGCUUGUGCUGGGCCGCUGGUUACGCUGCCUCGUCAAAAGGAACGAGUCUAUUACUUUCCUCAAGGCCAUAUGGAACAGCUUCAGGCGUCAACCCACCAAGGACUUGACCAGCAGAUGCCAUUAUUUGAUCUUCCUUCAAAGAUCCUUUGCAGGGUAGUCAAUGUUGAACUUCGAGCUGAGUCUGAUACUGAUGAGGUUUAUGCUCAGAUUACUUUGCAACCAGAAUCUGAUCAAAGUGAAGUGACCAGUCCAGACUCUCCCCUUCCAGAACCUGAUAGCAGUAUGGUUCAUUCCUUUUGUAAAACACUUACGGCUUCGGAUACAAGCACUCAUGGAGGAUUCUCAGUUCUUAGGAGGCAUGCAGAUGAAUGCCUACCUCCACUGGAUAUGACACAGAAUCCACCAUGGCAAGAGUUGGUUGCCAAAGAUCUUCAUGGCAAUGAAUGGCAUUUUCGCCACAUUUUUCGAGGACAACCUAGGAGACAUCUGCUUACUACUGGAUGGAGCGUUUUUGUUAGCUCAAAGAGAUUGGUUGCUGGUGAUGCAUUUAUCUUUAUGAGAAAUGAGAGUGGUGAGUUGUGUGUUGGUGUAAGGCGGCUUAUGAGGCAGCUAAAUAACAUGCCAUCAUCUGUUAUAUCUAGUCACAGCAUGCAUCUUGGAGUUCUUGCAACUGCAUCGCAUGCUUUGUCUACUCGAACUCUUUUUUCUGUCUUCUACAAGCCAAGGGCAAGCUGUUCACAGUUUAUCAUCAGUGUAAACAAGUACCUUGAAGCGAGAAGUCAAAAUCUAUCAGUUGGUAUGAGAUUUAAGAUGAGAUUUGAGGGUGAUGAAGCUCCUGAAAGACGGUUCUGUGGUACCAUAAUUGGUAUAAUAGAAAACACUUCUUCUAGUUGGCCAGAUUCAAAUUGGAGAUCUUUAAAGAUCCAAUGGGAUGAACCUUCAUCUAUUCCACGACCUGAUUGUAUUUCUCCGUGGGAAUUAGAGCCUAUGGCUGUAGCCCCUCCCCUCAUAUCUCAGCCAGCAAUCCGAAGUAAACGAGCUAGACCACCACUUUCAUCUUCUGUGCCACAAGAGUUUUCUUCUGUAUAUGGUCCAUGGAAAUCUCAAUCUGAAGCCAACCAGUCUCUCCCAUUCUCAGGGUUACAGCGCGGACAUGAAUCAUUUUCGCUGCCCUACUCAUCUCUUGUACAUCCACCACCAAAAUUGGGCUCCGUUGCUAUCAACAGCAACGUUGGACAACCAGCUGCUGACCGCCCCACUGUGUACUGGCCAACUCGGCCUGAAACUCAAUCAGAAUCCUUUUCUACCACCUCUAUGAACGUUUUGCAAUCCAAUGAAAAGACGCAGGAGGCAAGCGGCGGCAUCAUGUUAUUUGGGAUCCAGCUGAUUGAAAUGUCCACUGUUGCGGAAGAUACCUCAUCAAUGGCUGCUAUCACUGAUGUUGUUAGGGAUGCAAAUGACCAUCUAGGUGUUGAUUUUGAACAUCAUUCCCGUCCUUCCAACUUAAACCAGUCCGAUGGCACGGAGCUAAGCACUGAGCCAGAAAAUUCCUGUCUCAGAUCUUCCCAGGAAUCUCAGAGCAAGCAAACUAGGAGCUGCACCAAGGUGCACAUGCAAGGGAUGGCUGUUGGAAGGGCAGUGGACUUGACAAGGCUGGAGGGGUAUGAGGACCUCCUUAGGAAGCUGGAGGAGAUGUUCAGCAUCCAAGGAGAACUGUUUGGAGAUACCAAGAAAUGGCAGGUUGCCUACACUGAUGAUGAGUAUGACAUGAGGAUGGUUGGCGACUACCCGUGGCAUGAGUUCUGUAACAUGGUAAAGAAGAUUUACAUCUACACAUAUGAGGAGGCUAAGCGGUUGUCUCCAAAGUCGAUGCUGGAGAAGUCGUCGCUGACGGCCAAGACCCUGUGUGGGACUGCAGCUGGUCCUGCAGAGGACCAGGUGGAUAAGCAUGACUGACAUGUGGCUUAUCUCUGCAGGUAAUGUGCCCAUCUUUUAUUCGUUUUGUUGCCUUUUGGCUGAGUGUAUUAUGUCAAGCAGGCACAUGCAACAGGCACUGUUUUGCCAUUCGUAUAUAGGAUCCGUCCAUCAUUGCCAGUUGACCAUAGGCAUCCGAUGGGUCUUCUGCUGUAAUAGGGUGUUAGAUUUCGGUUUUAUGUUGGCUUUUAUAUAGUGAAAAGGAUUGGAUUUAUUAGGUGUUUGUUGUUAAUGGGAAGCUAAUUGUGGAUGAGCUGGAAAUAGGGCGUUUGCUUGUCUAAUUUGAUGCCUUCUUUUGUUUGACCUUCUUGUCGCAUCCGACGUGUAUCUCUUGUCUGUCCUUUUGGUUUGAUUUUUUGUUUUCGUAUGCGUGCUAAUUAGAUGUACGCGGGCCUUGCCAUCCUAAUAUGGAUGAUUCCCUUUUGUGUGGGGUUGGGGGCUCUUUCACCGCAUUGUUUCUUUGUGAGAACAAAAACCCCAAU